AUGCCUGCACCAACGGCGCUACGGCGCAAUGACGAGCCGAUGGUGGAUUUCAACACGGGGACCGUUGUGCAGGAGCCGGAAGACGAAUGCAUUCUUGACCUCGAUGCGACUCCCGCCCCCAUCCAACUGACCGCGGACUCGCAACCACAGAACCUAGUCCACAUUCAAACCCGCAAAAUCCCGAUCCCACCGCACCGAUUCUCGCCCAUCAAGGCAGAAUGGCCAAAGAUCUACCCUCCGCUGUGUGAACACCUGAAACUGCAAGUACGCAUGAACAUCAAGAACAAAUCAGUGGAGCUGCGCAGCUCGCGAUUCACGACAGAUACCGGGGCGUUGCAGAAGGGCGAGGAUUUCGUACGGGCACUGGCCUACGGAUUCGACGUAGAAGACGCCAUCGCACUACUCCGACUCGAUGACCUGUUCAUCGAGUCCUUCGAGAUCAAGGACGUCAAGGCCAGUCUUCAGGGGGGAUCACCUGGCGCGCGCGAUUGGACGUAUUGCCGGUAA